GAUCCGGGAACCCUGCGAAACCUGAUUUUUCCUGGUCCCCGGCGACCGGCGACGGGACCGGCGGCUGGUGGCCCAGCGGGUGCUGGUUGGCUGGUGUGCAGAUCGCGGUGGGAGAGAGGAGUGGUAGGAACGGGUCCCUAGAGCGGAAUAAAGGAGAAGCAAUGCAGAAAUCAGAGUGCCAUAGGGGUGUCCAGAUGAGAAACAGACUGACAGAUAACUGUGAUCAAAGGACAUCAUCAAGUGCACAAGUAAAACAUGGGACUCCAGUUCAACAAAGCAAAUCUUCAUCAUCAACCAGCUCUCCAGAAUCUGCAAGAAAACUUCAUCCUCGACCAAGCGAUAAACUUAACCCUAAAACAAUUAACCCGUUUGGUGAACAGCCACGAGCCCCUUCUGCCUUUGCAGCUAUUUACUCUAAGGGAGGUAUUCCUUGCAGGUUGGUCCAUGGUUCAGUAAAACACAGGCUACAGUGGGAAUGUCCUCCUGAAAAGCUUCCAUUCGAUCCUCUUCUUAUUACUUUAGCUGAGGGUCUGAGAGAGACUAAACAUCCAUACACCUUUGUGUCAAAGGAGGGUUUUAGAGAAUUACUUUUGGUCACAGGCGCUCCUGAGAAAGCUAUGCCUUUGCUUCCUAGACUGAUUCCUGUGCUGAAGGCAGCUCUGGGCCAGAUGAUUCUUUACUGGAAGAUACCUUUAGAAGAUGUACUAAAGGUCCACGUGGAUGAUGAAGUGUUUGAAAGAGGAUUGAAUGCUCUGGUACAGUUAAGUGUCGUCGUUGGUCCUUCUCUAAACGACCAUCUGAAACAUCUGCUUACCAGUCUUUCUAAGAGAUUAAGGGACAAGAAAUUCAAAGAACCAAUCACCACUGCGUUACAGAAGCUGGAGCAGCAUGGCGGAAGUGGAAGCCUUAUCAUCAUCAAAUCUAAAAUUCCCACAUAUUGCUCCAUAUGCUGUUGAAGAAAGGAGCCUGAAUGACAGGUGUUAAAUGCUGACUAUGGGUAUCUGCAAAACCUGUUCAGUCACUUCAGUUUAUUUUUUUGUAAAUCACAGCCAUCCUUCAUUAUUACUGGCCUUGGAUGAGUAUAUACACAAGUCCACCGAAUCAUAGUACAAGUUAUUCAUCAAAAAGAAAGAAUGGUUAAUAAUGGAAAACUAUUAAAAAUGUUCCAUAAUAGUACAAUCUUGUGGGGUUAAUUUUUUUCAUAUUUUUUUUGUGUGUGUGAUUUGUGUGAACAGCAGUUACUGGUUUACAGUGGACAGGUUUGUAUGUAUUCUGGUGCCUUUUGUAUAUAACAUUUAUACAGUCAGUUUGUACCUGUGUACUUACUUUUAGACAUUCUGCCAUUUCCUGGGUUUUAUAUUUAUCAAGUCUAUGGGAGUUUAAAAUAGUGGACAAACAUUUGUGAAUUCACUGUUAAUUAUAUUGUUUGUAAGUAUGUAUUUUAUCAUGUAGAAUGUUUGGAAAAAAUUUCUUUCCAGAGUAUUCUACUUUAAGAAAAAGAUUAUUAAUGUGUAAAUUCUCUUUUAAGUAUGGUUGUUUAUUACAACUCAUUAAAACUACCUAAAUUUAGGUGUUAAUUGUAUUUAAGUAAAUAUAUGUUUAUUUCAUAGUUUGAAAAUACUGGUAUUCAGUACAUGAAGAUAUUCAGAAAUUAAAAUAUUAAAACU